CCUCUAGCUACCACGCUAAUGUGCGCUUCCACAUGAGAACUGUCAUUUGCAGCUCCUACUACUCGACGUUGGCUCCUGGUGUGACGCGGACGAUUAUCUCUCAGAGGAAGAAGACCCUGGGGACAGCGCCGACGGUGAACCAGCGCACAAAUUCCGCCUCGACGUGUGAAAGGGAUCGUAAUUUCGUGUUUACAGACACAGCACAGCCCUCAGACCCGAGGACAAAGAAGCGGCAUUUCUGCUUGGAAUAUUCCCCAAGUCCACAUGCCCGAUCGAGCCUUCGGACUUGUUUCGCAUUAGACCCACGGAGUUGGAUUUGUGAUGAUCAACCCGGGCGAGAGAGAGUAGGCAUCUUUAUUGCGCUGCGCAGCGUGUGAGGUUUUCGGGAAUUGGUGGGGCAGCCAAGUGGUAGGCGAUCUUCGCACAGUCUUUACCCACGGGGUAAGGGUAGUGUAUAUAAGUACGUCUCGAGCUCCCACAGUCCAACUACCUCUCCUUUCUCCUUCUCAACCGACCAUGCAGUUCGCGAAAACCGCUCUUGCGCUCCUUGCCUCGGCCCUGUACGUCGCCGCGCAGAACCAGACUGUGACCGUCCAGGUCGGAGGCACUGCUACGCUGGCCGGCGGCGUGUUCCAGUUCAUCCCGUCGAGCAUCACCGCCACGAACGGCUCGGUCGUGACGUUCCAGUUCACCGGCAACCCGGGAAACCACAGCGUGACCCAAUCGUCCUUUGCGGACCCGUGCAACCCGCUCAGCGGCGGAUUUGACUCGGGCUGGAUCUUCCUGAACAGCACGAGCGUGACGGCCGCACAGUCGCCUACGUGGGAGCUGACUAUUACGGAUGACUCGAAACGUGGGGCUUUGGUUCCAUUCCGCAUGUCCGUUCAAUCCAUAACUGAUGCCGCUUUUCCCACAGCGAUCUGGUUCUACUGCAAGCAGCUCAAGCCGAGUCCGCACUGCAAAGCCGGCAUGGUCGGCUCGAUCAACGCACCUGCUUCCGGCAACACGUACUCCUCUUUCAAGGCCAACGCGGUCGCCUUCACUGCCACGCCCGGUCAAGCGCAAGGCGGCCUCGUCGGAGUCGGCGCCUCGGCCUCGGCCGUACCGGUCCUCCCCAGCGCCGCUACGCUCGCUCCCGGCACACUCACGGGCUCCGCGCCGGCCGCUAGCGCUACGGCGCCCGGUGCCAGCUCGGCGGCGAGCGGCAGCGCCAGUGCCAGUGCCAGCGCCAGUCCGACAUCCGGAGCGGCCGGCGCUGCGUCCCUCGGAGGAUCGGCGCAGGCUCUGGCGCUGCUGGUCGUGUUCGCGACUGGUGGAUUCAUGCUGUUUUAAUCUCUUCGAUGAUACUGCAUGAGAGAGGGAGAGAGGGGAUGUGCCCUCAAAAGGAUUGUGCUUCUGUGACAGUUUAGUUCAUUCACCGUCGUCGUCGUAUAUUUACAUUUGCAGUAGUAGUUUGCAUUCGUAAUUCAUUCACUUGCGUCAAUCAAUCAGAGAUUCUCG